AUGCUGUUAGGCUGGCUUUUCAAGGUUUAUGCAAGCUCUGGUGAGACAGUCAACUUUGCCAUAGCUCAGGGGAGGGAAAACUGCCCGCCUGGAAAGCCAGAUUGCAAUCAAGACAGGAUGGAUUUGGUAGGAUCUGGGACACUCUCUCAUGUCUAUCUUGAGAAUCCACCACUCUGGUGCAGCAUUCCUGAAACACGAGGUCUCUUUUAUGACGACGGCAAUAAAUUACUUCUUUCUCCAACAGCUGAUCAGGUUUUACCUAUUUCUAUAUGGUUUACAGUGUUGGAUUUUUCGCAUUUUUUAUUUAUUUAAUACACUUGUCAGUUAGAUUUAAUUCAGGUUUUUGAUUGACGAGGUCUGUUAUUUCAGGUUUUGUCAUGGAAAAUUGGUCCAUCUAUCCAGCAUGAUCCUCCUAAUUCGGAUUCAAUAAGCGAAGGGGCAGUUUUAUCCAUAAGAUAUUCUCUAGAUGGAAAACUAAUUGGGAUCCAAAGAUCAAACAGUGAGAUUCAAUUUAAAAAUAGAGAUACUGGGGAUAUCUUUAGUCGAAAAUACAAGCCAGAGUCAGAGUGCAUCCUUGGAUUUUUUUGGACUGACUGCCCAGCAUGUGAUGUAGUAGUUAUAAAAUCAAGGUAUCAAAGCAGUCAAUAUAUUCAGGAGGCAUCGCAUGAUAUGUUGCUGAAUUUGUUAUGCUUGGUCUUUGCCAUCUUGGUUUAGCAUAAUGCAUGCACUGACCAUCAUACACUUAUAAACCUUAUUUGCAUACAUCUUGACGACCUUUGCAGUUUUAACCUUUGCCUUCAACCCUGUUUCUUAUCUUUUCUUCUUCGUUGCAAUUUUUUUAAAAUCAAUGGCUGAAUUAUAUAUAUUUUCUUGGAAACUAGCCAAAACGUUAUAGAUCAAAUAAAAUCAAAAGGAACAUUUUCAUACUCAUAGUUAGUACAUUAAAUGUAAUUUGGAUUAAAAGGAAGUAACUAAAAGUCAUAUCUAUAAAGACUUUCAGCUGAUAUAGCAUGUACAUUCCCAUGCAGAGAUUGUGAUGUAUAGUUGGCACGUAAGUUGCUGUAAGCAACGACAUCAGUUGAUGGUGGUCCUUGGCCUUGUGACUAUUGACCUGAGUUAUUUUCUUAUCUCUCUCCACUCUUCUUGUGUCUUCGUUCAAGAGAGAUUAAAAGGUUCAUUCUACAAGGGAGAUUCAAGCAAUAAUGGCUUGUUUCUAGCCUGUUGUUUAUAUAUUUUUUCAUUUCUUUUUAUGAUAUCAAGCGGGGUUUGGUGUUCCUGUUUAUAAUUGGAUUGAGUUUGUAUACUUCUAGUUUCAUGGUAGCUCCUCCAAUUCUUGCUUAAUGAUGUACCGUAUUUCAUCUGACAACAUUCUAUGUUAGUCGAUGAACCUCUGAGGUUUUCUUUCAUUUAGGUUUUGGUUCCUGAAUGAAAUUUUAUUCUACAUAAGGAAAGUAUAUGGAAUUCCAUUGUUAAAGCUGUCGCAACAAAUUCUCAGCAGAUUAUCUUGUUCCAUAUUUCGUCCGUAAUAGAAUUCUAUGUCAACCUAUACAUGUCUGAGAGUUCCUAUCUUUGGUUUUUGUUGCAUCAUUACAUUGGGAUGUAUUUUAUUCUCGACGAUGACUGUGUAUCUAGAAUCCUGCUCUUAAAAUUGUAGUCUAUCUAUCAUUUGAUAUAUUCUUAUUGUACUCUUUUUAAACGAAUUCUCAGUGGACUGGACUUGCUAGCCUAUGAACCUGAAUCUAACACCCUACGAUUGGUGGAAGUGAAGAAAUUUAAUGUCAGCUGGUAUGUUUAUACUCAUGAGAGUCGGUUGAUUCUUCUUGCUUCUGGAACGCAGUGCAAGCUCAUCUCAGGAUUUCAGGUACGCCUUUAUCACUGAAGAAGCUCAGGAACUUGUUUGUGUUCUUGCUAUUCUCCAUUCUAGUAGACCACUUUGAUGUAUAUUUGUCCACUAUCCAUGUCACGUACUAUUUAACUUUUUAUAUUUUUGUAUCCAAGUAUAUGCAUCCAAUGACCUUUGAAUGGAAGUUUUGUAACACCUGCUGCAUAAUGUGAUCGUGAUUUUUAGUGGUAGUACUCGGGGAGGCUGAGUUGUUUUCAUUCUGUGAUUAUAGAAUUGGAAUGACAUUUCUUUUCACUCCCCCUCCCCCCCAUGCACAUCCAGUUCUCAUCUGGAGGGAUCGUCCGCCUUCCAAAGUUUGAGAUGAUGAUGGCCAAAACUGAUGCAAAUCAGAGACCUGUUCUUGCUGCAGAAGAUAUGCAUAUUGUUAUACUGUAAGCCAUUAAACCCAGAUUCUGUUGCUUGAACUCUUUUCCUGCUAAGAUCACUUUGAUGAGUUUUCUUCUCAUUUAAUGCUUUUUUAAUCAUCUAUUAUUGUCUGUUUAUGCUCGUUUUUUAUUUUUCAAUUCUUGACAAACAUGGUCGGGUGGUACCCUUCAUGAUUACCAUGCUAGAAUCAUCUUCUCAUUGAUUGUUACUACUGCCCUUUGAUUGUGUCUGUUCAUUCAAUUCGCAGAUACGGUAGGAUAUAUUGUCUUCAACUUGAUAGGGUUGGUGGACAACUACAAUUGUACAGGUUUUAUCGUGAUGCUGUUGUGUACCAGGUACCACUUCACUAGUGCCUUUUUUUUUUAAUUUUCCAUUUUACAUUUCAUGCUCUUUUUUUUCUUUAAAAGAAAAAAAAACCAUUUUCCAAUUAAUGUGAACCGUGGAAAACAAGUGUUAGAAAGUAUUUUACAGAGUAUCAUGGAUAUUUUUGGCCUUAUUAUUGAUCCUUUUUUUAAGCUUCCUCUAAUAUCUUAUUUUGAAAAAGAAUUGAUUAAGCCAAGUUCAUAUGUCAACAAAUAAAUCAGCGGCAAUUUUAUGUGAAAUGCAUACUUUCUCCUACAAGGAGGUAGUUUUGAUCUUAGACUCCACAUCCUGCCUAAGUAAUCAUCAAUAUUACUUAAUGUUUCAUAAAAUAAACAUUAGUACUCGCGUUUUCAUGGCUUCCAGAAUUAGUAAAUUAUGUAUCUGAACUGUCGAAACAUGUCCGGUAGCUAAGCUGAUUUCCUGGUUUACAUCAGUUGGUAUUAUUCUGGAUAUGUUUACAAGACAGCAUAUUUAAAGAUCCAAUGACUGCCAAGUAAAAGAUAGUGAAGAACUUGAUGAAGAGCCUGGAAGGUAUAGGAUUGCAAAACUUCUACUUUAAUGCAUUAUGAAAUGAGUAUUUGAGUGGACCUUCCAUGAAAAUUAUUAUCUCAUUAUUCUUCUUAUUCGUCAUAAUAUCUUAUUAUUCUUCAUUUUUAAUAUAUGAAUGAAACAAGAAUGGAGGCAUUUAAUCACAUUAUUUACCAAUAUCCCGCGAUUAUCUGUAUUUCAGGGUUCUUUACCGGUUUACUCAUCCAAGGUGGCAGUCAGCGUGGUUGACAAUGUCAUUCUCGUGCAUCAAGUUGGUGCGAAGGUUGUCAUACUCUAUGACCUAUUUUUAGAUUCUCUGGCGCCAAUAUCAGCUCCACUUCCUCUCCUGCUGAGGAGCAUCCCUCUGGCAAGUUCAUCUUCCUCUCAAGAGAGCACGCGACUGGCUGCUGCAACUGCUGAUGGCAGAUCGUUGAGUGGGUAUGAAGGGAUGAUAUAUGGGGAUGCCUGGACCUUUCUUGUACCUGAUCUUGUCUGCGAUACUGAGCAUGGAUUGGUGUGGAAGCUCCAUUUAGACCUGGAGGUGGGCCAUCCGAUCAUCAUCUCAAUGCCAUCAUACUUCUCUUCAUUCAUUCCAUAAGGGGAUGCAGAGUUGACCACAAUCCUUCUCCUCCACAGGCCAUUGCUACCAGCAGCUCAGAUGUUCCUUCUGUGCUUGAAUUCCUUCAGCGGCGAAGAUCUGACCCAAUCAAGGUAGAACCCAAUCUCUGUGCACAUUUUAUAUAUAUAUAUAUAUAAAUAUUAAUUUAUUAAUUUCAAAAUCUGGGCACCGCUGCAUGUUUGUCUGCCUGCUGCAUGAAUUUUCCAGAAUAAGCAACUAUGUUUAGGGAUGAUGCGGACCAUUAUUCUGGAAAGAAGGCCUGUAUCGUUUAUUUCUAGGGCAACAGAUGCGCUGGCCGCCUCUUAUUCUCAGUACAGCAAGACAGGAGCGACUGGUCAGGGAGGGCAUACGGAUCGCUCCUCAUCUGUGGCAGAGAAUGAAGCCCAGCAGUCAUCCAGUAGAGAAACAGAGAAGGAACGCCUUCAACCUCCUGCAGCCUCCACAGCUGGGAGUACUCAGCCGGGGGAUUCUAAUGGCGAUCUCCAAGCUUCAGCUGGUGGAGAAAGGGGGGAAGGCAGUGCUCAAUCUGGGUCUCCUCUUGUGCCUGACAGCAGCAGAUCCUCUGUGGCAGUCUCCCCUGAUGAAAUGAACCGCCUCGUCUUUGCUGCUGUCGAAGAGGAGAUGGCUGGAGACCUUCCAUAUUUAGUAUCUGUAAUUGUGGAGUUCCUGAAGAGGUAAGCGCCAUCGUCAUCGUCAUCACCAUCAUCAUCAUCACCAUUACCAUUACCAUUACCAUUACCAUUACCAUUACCAUUACCAUUACCAUUACCAUUACCAUUACUAUUACUAUUACCAUCAUCAUCAUCAUCAUUCUUCAUCAUCUUCACCAUCAUCAUCAUCUUCUACAGCGCUUUAAGUGAGAAGCUCAGAGUUUCUUCAAAGGUGUAUGUGAUGAUUGUACAGCUGCUUGCUCGCAGUGGUCACCAUUCAGAGCUGGCUCAGUUUAUUUUUAGGAAGGUGAUUUCUCCAAUCAUGCUUUGCUUCUGAUUACUCUAAAGUUUUGGGAUAAAUGUCUGAUAUAUUUAUUUUUUCCAUUUUAAAAAAAAUAUGUUUGUUAUUUAGGAGGUUGAGAACGUAGAUCUAAUUAUUUGAAGGGUAUUCCUGGUCAAGUUGGUAUCUUGGAAAAUAUAUAAAAUGAUAGAUGAUAAAUUCUCCAGAAUUUAUGGAAAGAUGUAUUCCUCAAAUUUUUCAUUCGGAAAUCUAAAUUUUAUAAAUUAUUUUCAAGUUUUAGAGAGGUCUCUGGGAUGUAUAUUUUUUAUUUUUUUGAUGAUGCUCUUGAUAUUUAUUUGAGGGAUAGUUUUCAUGCAAAAUAAAUACAAUCAGCAAUAAUAAUAGAAUUUAAAAUCUACCUAUAAAUAGCAUCAUAUGGAAUUAUCUUGAUUUAUGGCUCGAAUUAUUAUUACAAUUCUAUUGUUUCCAGCUUGAUAAUUGUUGCUUAACUGUGCAUCGGAAAAAUCUCAUUUUUAUGGAUUAAAUGCAAACAUUUGGAAAAAUCUGUGAGACCCAUUUUUUCUAAUUUCUGAAGCGAUCGAGGGCGUAAAUCAGUUCAUAAAUAAUAAUAAUUUUUCUUUUUUUUCUGGAAUCAUUUGUCAUGUUCUUCCUCCAGAUUGUGGAACCAUCGAAAGAUGUCGCCUUCCAGCUGAUAGAAUCUGGGCGUGAUCAUCCUCACACGAGGAAGCUGGGCGUGGACAUGCUCAGGCAGCUCUCCCUCCACCAUGAUUAUGUUCUCAUGCUCCUGCAAGAUGGCUACUAUCUGGAGGCCAUGCGUUAUGCUAGGAAGAACAAGGUGGACCUGACCUGCUCACAGUUUAUUUAUUUAUUUAUUUUAAAAUAAUUAUUAUAAUAUAUUUAUUUUAUUCUAUUAAUUUCGGGUGAUGAUGAUGAGUUGACUAGAAGAUGCAUAUGAGUUGGGGUUGACCUCCUUAGUCUGACGCUGAGUUGGGGUUGACUUCCAGGUGACCACAGUUCAUCCGGGCACGUUCCUGGAGGCGGCGGCCUCUGGCAGCGGCGGCGGCGGGCCGCAGCACCUGGCGGCAGCCCUGAGGUUCUUCUCCGAUUUCAUCCCGGGAUUCAAGGACACGGCCGAUCACACCAAGUACUGCCAGAUGUUGACCGUCAUGGACUAG